AUGGCGGCCCAGGAGGAGUGGUGUUUUGAGGAAGAAGGGUGCUUACAAUUUAGUGGCCGACCAAUUUCAGUCACAUUUUCACCCACCUCGAACUGCUUCAUCUGUACGCUCGAGGAUGGAACGAUUGAGGUUGUGGAUGCGCGUUCCAGUCUGCGAUUAAAACACACCGCUCCGGCAGGUAAAUUGAGAAGUGAUGAAGCAUGUGUUUAAACUUUGCACAUGAGUAACUGCGGAUAUUUCUCUGUUCGCAACUGUUACUACCUACACACAGAAAAUCUUUUUUAUGUUCCUCCCAAGUCUUGAUUGGGGAGUGCUGUAUUUGAACUAUAAACAUUUUUCCUGUUUAAAACUGUCUAAGGAUGAUCGCAGGAAGUGCUUCAUUUGCCUCAAUCUAAGCGAUUGAUCGAUUUUGAUUGAUUAUUACUCAUUUGGUGAGCAUGAUUGAGGCUUGAUUGAAGGUUACGUAAUAGUCUUUCUAAUAACUGUGUUAUCUUUCCUUUACUUUUUAAAAUAUGUUCAAGUACAACGAAGAUGCAAUGAAACCCUUUAGUGGAUUAAUCUUCAUAGACUUAAGCUUAAUUGAGUUCUGCCAGUGAGAGUUUCAGUUAUUGGUUACCCUAAUAUCCUGGUCAACAAACUUACUCUUUUUUAUCCUGUUAGUGGUGAAUUGUGAUUAGCAGGGGUAUUUUGCAGAAUGUCAAAUACUUAAUAUCUCUGAAGGUGGGUAAUUAUAGGGUUGGAAAACUGAGUGAAUUAAUGGUUACCGGUCGUUACGAUACAACAGUGUUCUCUUUAUCAGGCAGUAACUGGUAAAAUUUACCGUCUGAAGCAACAUCUCUUACUGCCUUGAACUGCUUGAAGUUUAAUUAAAAUGAAAUAAGUUGUUUUAAAAAAUAUGCAAGUUGUGAUCCGAUCCAAUCUGAUCGAGGUAAUGAAUGAAUAUAUGGAAGUGUACUAAAGUAUACACAGUGACCACGCAUUUUGGAAAGAGAACAUGGACGACAGAGUCAAAUUAUUGGAAUCAAAUAUUUUAAAUUAUUGUUUAAAGAUAACAGCGGCUGAUUUGCAUAAAAUAGGUCUUAAAAUGAGGGAAUGACGUUUCAGGGAACUUAGUCCCUAAAUUUUGCCGUGAGAUCGUAGACAUGUCCCUUACUCCACUACCCCCUUCCCCACUGGAAAGUGCGCCUCUGGCACAUUUUUUUUGUCUUUCCGGCCAUGAAAAGAAUGGCCCCUUACCUGCUGAGCUAAAAUUUAGGGAGAACACUGUACAAGUCAUUAUGAUACGAGUAUAUUCUGUGUAGUUGUGAAUAGUUUAAUGUGCUUGGUUUAAAGAACAAAGAACAUUAAUUUACUCAAAAUGUUUUUCCUGUUUAUGCACAAACUUUACUUGAGUAAUCGAAAUUUCUGUGCAAUUUCACGGCUUGAAUGAAACGACUUGUAUCAAAACGACUUUGUAUCGAAACAACCAGUUCCCGAAUCAAGUUGCAGUUAGGUUCAUUAUACAAUGCGAGCUGAACUGGAACUUGAUUCUCUCAGCUUUGUUACUCUAAUCACUAUAAACUUCAGAGUUGAUGAUUGUCCAUUCGACUUUUCUGCAAAAUACUCCUGCAGGGUGCAUGUGCCUUAAAACUGCUAAAAACUCCUCGUGUGAAAAGGUUGUCAAACUUAAAAACUAAAUGUAUCUUUGUUUAAUUCUCUUUAGGAAACUCUGACCCACUUCAGUGUAGGUUCUGUCCUGAGGUAGAAAAACUAUUUAUCACAAAUGGCUCUGUAUCUGGGCUUAGAAAGGAUCUUAAUGGUGUCUUGCUGCUGGACAGCAUUUUACAGCCACCUGUCAAAGGUUCUUGCAGUGAACCAGUUGUUCUCGAGUUUACGCUGCCAGAUGUGAGU